AGUCUCGCUCACAACUCCCAUAAUAAGCUCUGCCAAAUUUUUUUCCCACCAUCUCAAAAUAUGAAUAAGGCUAUUAAACGGGCCUACCCUUGCCCAACGGGUCACGAAUCAGAUUCAGAGGCGGCGCCGGAAUCAAGGAUCCUUAACGAAGAGAUCUUGUUGCUGGUGUUCGGAUACAUAAAAUGGGACCUGAAAACGGUUUGUGCCACCGCGAGAGUAAGCCGUAAGUUUCGAGCGGUAUCGAAGAGAAUACUGUGGCGGGCGAUGUGCAACUUCAGGGCUCCGCGUAUGGUGGCAGCCUUAAGCCACGGGCUACCAGGAUCAAGGAUCGGGGGUGGUUGGCACGCGCUGGCAAAGCUGAUGUUCUUCUGUUGCGGGUGCCAACCCUCCCCGAACCUCCGGCUUAAGGUGACCCUCCCGGGCCACUUCGUCAACGAGGCCCGAUUCUCAAAAACAUCGGGCCUCAGUUUCUUGACGAAGCGGUGUCGCGGGGAUCUGUUAUACGUGAGCGAUCCCUGCGAACACCCGAUGGGGGAGGGGAAGGACGAUUUGGGGAUAUAUAGAGGUGUUUUCCGGGGAUUUAUGAGGUCUAAAACGAGAGCAUGUUUGAUAGGGCGGCAAGUACAGUUGGAGGAGCGGGUUCGGUGCCCGUAUUGUGGAGCGCGGGUGUGGAGUAUGACGUCAGCUAAACUAGUUCCGAAAACAGCGGCGAAGAGAUUAGGGACGAAUCAAGGUGGGUUAGAGUAUUUUGUUUGUAUAAAUGGUCAUAUGUAUGGAGCAUGUUGUCUUGUUCCUUUGACGUCCGAUGAGGAUGUCAUCGACGAUGAAAGAUACGACGAUGAUGACGGUGAAAUUGACGGUGCCGAUCAUCACCAUAAUAACUAUAAUCAUCAUCAUAGCUCUAAUGGUACAUUUGGGCCCCAAAACGGAGAUCUUUCAAGGUUUUGAAAAAGUCUAAGUUACAUUGAUAGAUAAUUUUGUCUUAUUAGUGGAGAGUUGUAAAGGACAAAUGAUAUUAGGAGAUGCGACCGAUCUCAAAUUUUGGAUAUCGUCCUUAACUAUUUAGCAAAGUCCAUUCACAUUUGACUGCAACAAUUGAUUGGUUUUCAAAAGAGAAAUAAUUUAAAAUAAUUUUAUUUAUUUUAUUUGUUGAUUA